AUGGAUGCAGCUAUUCCACUCGAUGACAAUGUUACGGCCCAGGAGCUCGCUGAUAUGUUACCGACCGGCAUCGUCAUCAUCAACCACCGAGAUGAGCCGGUUUUUGCGAACCAGCGCUUCAGGGAGUUAACAACAUGCCACAGCGUUAAAUCUUUUGAAUGUUGGUCCAAAUCAAUUCAUCCCGAGGACUACGACUUAGUGGCAGAUGCCUAUUUCGAGGCGUUAAGGUCUAGGAAUGCGUUACGCAUUGAAUAUCGCACCCGUGGUCAAAUGUCCCUGUGGCGUGCACUCGUUUUGACUCCACUUGAUGAUACUGACAUGCAGCGUCUUCGUUGGGGCAGCAAGGAAGGUUUUAUCUGCACUAUCGCCGAUAUCACUUUAGAGAAGACGGCCGAGUUAUCACAGAGGAAAAUUGCAGAUGAAGCGAAAGAACGGAAACAGCAACAGGAACGUUUCAUCGACAUGAUCAGCCAUGAGGUCCGGAAUCCACUUUCCGCUAUAUUGCAUUGCACAGAGGAUAUAUUGCAGAUAGUCCAGAACAGCGGCGGCAAUCAAGUUCCUCUGGCAGACAUCUCGCUGGCGGCAGAGACCAUCAGUCCGUGUGUUGCGCAUCAAAAGAAGAUUGUGGAUGAUGUUCUAAUCUUUUCGAAACUGGACGCAUCAAUGGUCACUCUGUCACCAAGAAGUGUACAACCAAGACGGCAUCUUGGAAACUCCUUGGCUAUUUUUCGGCCUGAGCUUCGGAAACAGGACAUCCAAUUUGAAUACAAACUGGACCAUUCCUAUACCGAGACCGGAAUUGAAUGGGUAAUGGCCGACCUUGAUAGGAUGGGCCAGGUACUAAUUAAUCUGGUGUCGAAUGCAAUCAAGUUCACUGCCAAAUCCGAGGGCACUAGGGAAAUAAGGGUUUCCAUGGGCGCCUCGCCAGAAAGGCCACCAUCCUACCCCCCUAAUGUGGUCUUUUUCAACUCCGAUGAAGCUGCACUCCGUCUGGACGCUACCACUACGCCCGAGUGGGGUGAUGGCCAAGUUGUGUAUAUUAUGGCAGCUGUGAAAGACACUGGAAUCGGAAUCAGCGAACAAGCACAGAAAAGGCUUUUUGAGCGGUUCAACCAAGCGACUCCCAGGACGCAAAGCGUCUAUGGUGGCUCUGGGCUUGGACUCAAUGUUAGCAGAAAGCUAUGUCAUCUGCACGGUGGGGAAGUCGGGGUCAGCGCUAAGGAAGGCGAAGGAAGUACGUUCGGCUUUUUCUUCAAAGUCCGGCGAGCUAGUGCACCCCUUGUUGAAGACUCAUCAAGCUACGAUGGGUUCCAAAUUGAGAAGUUAUGUGCCGGGAUCCAAGCCUUGAGCAAUGAGGCUACCGAGGCUGGUCAACGUACGAAGACACCUGAAAUUUCUGAAAGCCCCCCGUUACCCAUGUUGAGGAAGUGGCACCAGGUGCUACUAGCGACAGCCGAUACAGGCACACCUCUGCCAAGGGAUCAAGGGUCGCCCAAGCCGGAUCGUGUUUAUGAGCAGGUUCGGCUGACAACACCCGGCUCUCGGCACAUUCUUGUGGUGGAAGACAAUGUCAUAAACCGACAAAUACUUUCGCGCAAGUUGGAUACCCUGGGUUUCCGUGUCUCACAAGCCACGAACGGCUAUGAAGCCCUGGAGGCGAUCCAACGCAAUCAUUUUGACUGCAUCCUUAUGGACCAGGAAAUGCCCGAAAUGGAUGGAAUCUCGGCGACUAAGGAAAUUCGGAGACUUGAAGACAACAGUGCCUCACACGUUCCUAUUCUAGGUGUAACUGCAAAUGUCAGAGCAGCUCAGCAAACUGAGAUGUUGGACGCAGGGAUGGACGAUAUUAUCCAUAAGCCAUACCGGACUAACGGACUCUUCGAGAAGAUCAACCAGUUGAUGAUACUAGCGGAAAAUGACAGACGGUGA